AUGACGGUUCUCUGCUCGCCUGACCCCACGAACCCAACCGCGGCCCGGGGGGUCGCUGCAGUUAUCAAUAAACGCAUACUGAAGGACUGUACCCCCCUCCUUCGCACCCUGAUCCCCGGCCGAGCGACGAUGUUGACUGUGCCGUGGACGGCCGAACGGAAGCUCCGAAUCCUUACUGUAUAUGCGCCGAACGAGAGCCUGGCCAAUGCCGAGUUCUGGGAGACUCUAGAGAACAUGAACCUCGGGCGGGUGGACCUGAUGCUCGGGGACUGCAAUGUGGUGGAGGACAAGGCGGACCGACUCCCCCCGAGGGAGGAUCCGGAAGCACCGAGAGUGGCGCUCCAGUCGCUGUGCGACAAACUGCGGCUGACGGAUGGAUGGAGGGCGGCUCACCCCCUGGACAAAGGGUAUACCUUCCUACAAGACAGCACCUCAGCGCAAUCACGCCUUGACCGGAUCUAUGCGAGGAAGCAAAUGAUGAGAGACUGCUCCGACUGGGGGAUAAUGGCAUCGGGCCUGAGCACGGACCACCUACUGGUGUCGGUAUCCGUAGAAAACUAUAAGGCACCUUUCCAUGGCAAGGGCCGAUGGGUCAUGCCUGCUCACCUUCUGAAUGACGACGUGAUGAAGAAAACAAUGAAGACCCUUGGCGCCGCCCUGCUGCGCCGCCUUGACGCUGCGGGACCGAGAACGCAGAACGAGAACCCGCAAACUGCCUAUGCUGACUUCAAACGGGAGCUAGUCGGGGCUGCACGGGCGAGAGCAAAAGCAAAAGUCCCGAAGAUGCAGAAAAGAAUUGACAGACUCAAGAUAGACCUCGCUCGAACUGCCACGACCGAGGCGCUGUCUCCUCAGCUGCAGAACGUGCGGCGAUCCUCCAAGAUCGGAUCACGAAGCUGGAGCAGAGACGCUUUGACUGGCGAAGGAAAGAAGUGGCAGGCCGGCACUCUGUACAAAGUGAGACAAUGUCAAAAUACUGGAUGA